CACAGACGGAGGUGUGGAGAAAAAGAGACAGACAGACUGAGAGAGAGAGAGAGACAGAGACAGACAGACAGAGACAGACAGAGUGGAAUAACUAAGUUUCUCCUGAUGGGGAUCCAGAAAAACAUCUGGGUCUCUGUCCUGCUCCUGGUGUCUGGUGUUCAGCAGAGUGUCACUGCAGGAUGCAACACUCAGUUAUGUAACCAGGCUGUGGAUGGCUCCAUAUUCAACUAUGGAGCGAAGACGUUGACUGAAGGUUUGCACAUUCCCUUCCGUCAGUAUUCCGGGAAGUACGUCCUCGUUGUCAACGUGGCCACCUUCUGAGGACUUACCUUCCAGUAUUUGGAACUGAAUGCACUACAGGAGGAGCUCAAAGAUCUGGGCUUCACCAUUCUCGGAUUUCCUUGUAACCAGUUUGGGAAACAGGAACCCGGGUUUAAUGAAGAGAUCUUGCCAAUACUAAAGUAUGUCCGCCCAGGCAACGGAUUUGUUCCAAACUUCCAGCUCUUUGAAAGCGGUGAUGUGAACGGUGAAAACGAGCAAAGUGUUUUCACUUUCCUGAAGAACGCCUGCCCACCUGUCGGCAACAGCUUUGGAAGCCCCGCCGGCAGACUGUUUUGGGAGCCGCUGAAAGUCACCGACAUCAAGUGGAACUUCGAGAAGUUUCUGGUGGGCCCCGAUGGAAAGCCGCUGAUGAGGUGGUUUCCAAGGGUGAACGUUUCCGAAGUCCGGGCCGACAUCAUAAAUCUAAUCAACGCGCGGCGUUCCAAAACCUAAACCAACUCCAGAAUCCAGAAUUACACAUGGUCCUCAGAUAACAUUAUUCUACAUUUGUAUCUUUCCAGGUUGUUAGAGGAUGUUCUACUGUGCCAAAACUUGUGAGAGACACCGUUUUAAAAUUUAGGUCAAUGUUCUUCAAUCCCGCUCCUUCAGGACCACAGAACUGAGUGAUUUCCACUAGAACACACCUGAUCCAACUCACGAAAAAAGAUGAACUCAUGAGCUGAUUCAGGUCUGCUGAGAUUAGGAAACCAUUCAGUUGUGCAGAGUUGUAGCCCUUCAGACCCGGUUUGUGUAAAAGAAGAUUUAGAUUAAAAAAUAAUAGUAAUAAUUAAAAAUGAAGUUAUUCAUUGAGUGAAGCAGGUAGGAGCAUGGCAUUGUGGUGAUUCUGGAGAUCUGGGCAUGUUCAUGAAGCUCAGGUUUAAAAGCAGGACUUUCUGCAAAACCUGAUUGGAGACUGGUGGAUAAGAGCAGCUCUUGAGUGCAUUCAGGCUGCUUGGUUCCACUCAGACAUGUCUGGUUCUCCAGAGUGCCCCAUCAAAACCUGCUCCCUCCUGCAAGGAGAUCCUUUCAAUAAAGCAUUAAAGAAAA